AUGGCGGCAGACUUCUGUUUGGUCAUCGGCGCCGUCCCCGUCCGAUGCGGUGGCCAGCUCGGGCUGCGCCAGCAGGAGGCUCGAGGCUGGAAGAGAGCGGCGUCGAUCGCGGCAAGCUCGGCAGCGUCCGAGCGACCGGCAGGGGCCGGGAAAGGCGGCCGCAGGCGCGGCAAGCGGAGUGAGGCGGCGAUCGAGACCAGGCGCAAGGCCCUCCAGUUCAAGCACGACUUGAGGGAGACUGGCAACCAGCUCCGAGACCUCGCACAUAUCGAGGACCAUCCCUCGGAGAACUCAUCGGACGCCAUUGAGGAUGCGCAGAAGGAGGUCCUAGGCAGGAUCACGGACCUUGAGCGCACGAGGCAGGAGAUAGCAGAGAGCCGGGAGGAGCUCGCCGAGAGACACGCUCAGUUCGAACUGCUGAGGCAGGAGUUCGCGGCUCAAAUAGGCCAGGCCGCCGACGAGAUGAGGAGGCUGGAGAACGAGAAUCAGCGUCUUCAGCAGCAGGUAGCAGGAGGCCUCGCGGCAAUCCCGCAGGCGAUCGAGAGGAUGGGCGAGCAGAUCCGGGGCGCGUCGAGUAUGGGCACAGCCGCUCCAGGUCUCGUCGACACGAAGGGGAUCGGCAAGCCCACGACGAUGGGCGACGAUCAAGAGAAGUUCGGCGCUUGGAAUCGCAAGAUGGAGAACUACGUGAUCGGCGUGUACGGAGAGAGUUUUCGUCCCGUUCUUCGGUGGGCUGCAGAAGCCGAACGCCCCGUGACGAUCGCGGGGGCUCAGGCGGCGCACGACGGAGUGCCAGAGCUGGAGACAAAGGUCAACCAGCUGUACGCGGCGCUGAUCAGCACGACGGCGGACGGGAGCGAGAGCAACGACCUCGUGACGGGCGCUCCCGAUGGGAACGGUCUCGAAGCCUGGCGGAAGCUCCACCGCAGGUGGGAUCCGACGACAGGUCCGAGGAAGAGGCUGAUCCUGAGGUCGAUCAUCUCGCCUCCGAAGUGCAGCGCGGACGAGCUGGGGUCCGCCUUAGAGAAGUGGAUCCAGCAGAUAGGCAGGUACGAACGCCGCCAAGGAGAAGAUGGUCUAGCCGAGCUGCCAGAGGAUAUCAAGAUGGCGGCUCUCGAGAUGCUCGUCCCUCAGGACAUCGAGAACCACCUCGUCCUCAACAAGCAUCGGCUCGAAACGUUCCAGGACAGUCUGAACGAGGUGAUGACGAUCGUGGAGGCUCGGACCGGCGUGAAGAUCAAGGAGCCAUCGAUCCGUUCGCGGGCGCAUCAUCCGGACGACAUGGACGCCGGCGGCAAGGCUGCAGGCAGCCUGGAGGAGGAGCCUGAAGCGGAGGUCGCCGCUCUGGACAUGGGCAGCCUGGACUGCCUGGAGCUCGCCAGCGGCAGCGGCCGCGGCGUAGCGGCGGACGACUGGAUGAAGUUCAACUGGGACAGCGGUGCAGCUAUCUCAGCAUUCCCUCGGAGCUUCGCGCCGCCGACGGGAAUGAAGGGCAACGGCAGCACGUAUCGCACGGCCAGUGGUGAGCUCGUCCCGGACGAGGGCAGCUUGCAGCUCAAGGCGGAGGACGAGUACGGAGUGCUACGAGCGCUCAAGGGACGCGUGACGAACGUGCACAAGCCGUUGAUCUCGGUGGGGCAGGCAGCAGGAGCUGGACAGUGUUCAUUCCUGGGCCGCAAUGGCGGCUGGAUAUUCCACGAGAAGAGCCCAAUCGGCAAGCGCGUGGUAGGCAUGCUCGAGAAGGAGGCGAAGGCGGCGAAGCACCAGAUGCUGCCGGUCUAUCGCGAGCAGGGCGUCUACAACUUCUAUCUCAAGAAGGGCCAACAUGGCUCGGUUGCUCCUCUCGAGGAGGGACUUUUGGCGAAGUCGAAGUCCGAGCUGGUGGAGCUCCUCAGCGGCAAGUCGAAGGAGGAGCUGCUGGAGAUCCUCGAGAAGACAGACUUAAUACCACGGCCCCCGGCGGCAUCGGCUGCGGGGGCGGCAGCGGCGGGGUCGGGACCUUCCGACGUGAGACCGCCGGGUUUUCAGCCAGCGGCAGCUGCUGCGGCCGACGCUUUGCCAGCUGCUCCUGACGGACAGCAGGCCGACGAGGGCGAGGAGGAGGCUCGCCCGAGAGUGCUGAAGGCACCUCAUGAGCCCUCUCAGAGGGAGAUCGCCGAACACGAGGCGAUGGGACACGCGACUUAUCGCAGCUGGUGUCGCGUGUGUAUUGCGGCAAAGGGCCAAGGCCAGCCGCAUCUCCGCGCACCGGAGGACGACGAGACAGCGGUGCCGGUGGUCUCGUCCGACUACGCCUUCAUGGGCCAGGACGACGCGGACACCAUGCCGAUGCUGGUCCUUAGGGAUCGGCGCUCGAAGAUGAUGGCGGCGACAUUCGUGGAGAAGAAAGGCGACGACGCCUACGCCAUCAAGUUCUUCGCACGCUUCUUGCGGAUCCUGGGCUACAGGAAGAUCGUCAACAAGUCCGACGGCGAGCCAGCGAUCCUGCUGGUCAAGAGGCGUGCGGUGGAGGAGGUUCCUGGCCUCGAGGCCAUUCCCCAGGAGUCGGCACCGACCGAUCAUCAGGCCAAUGGGGAGAUUGAGGUCGCGGUGCGCGAGAUCAAGAAGCAGGUGCGGGCGCUCAAGAUGGACCUGGAGUCCAAGCUGGGCGUCAAGGUGGAGGACAAGCACCCGGUGCUAGCGCACCUGCCGGAGCACGCCGCAUCGGUAAUCAACCGAUACCGGCGCGGCCAGGGCGGCAAGACCGCUCUUCAGCGACUCACGGGACGGCAGUGGAGGAAGCCGGUCCCGCUCUUCGGCGAACGCUUGAUGGCGCGGUUCGCCGGGGAACGCGUGAGGAAGAACGCGCUGGAGGAGCAGAUGGUGGAGGCUCGCUACAUCGGCCACCACCCGCGCGACGGCUCGAUGAUGGUCAUCACGAGCGACGGCGUGAAGAAGGCGGUCGGCUUCCGCAGCCUGCCGCAGAGCGAGAAGUGGAUCACGGCGGGCUGGGAUGGCCUGAAGGGCCUGCCGUGGGACGUGGCUCCGCGUGCGGCGAGCGCGCCGCGGGCCAUCGUCGGACCUGGAGAGGUCGGUCCGUCACCAAUUGUGGUGGUGUCGCCGCAGCCGCAGGCGCCGAGGAGGAUGCACGUCCUCAAGGCGGACAUCGAGCGGCUGGGCGCAACGCCGGGAUGCCCAGGGUGCGUCUCGAUCGCUAAGCACGGCCGGGUGCUGGCUGGCCACGCGCACAACGCGGUGUGCAGCAAGAGGAUCUUCGAAGCGCUGGACGCGGAGGAGGCAGGCCGGGAGAGGACCGGCCAGUAUCGAGAGCGGAGGCAGGGCCAAGAGGCCAGAGUCCGACCGGCGGCAUCGGCCGCGGCAGGGACCCCUCCGCCGAAGACGGCUCGGAGGAUCACCGAGCCGGCGGCAGCGGCGGCAGCGGCAUCGGCCGCGCCGGCCGCGACCCGCUCGGCAGCAGCGCCAGCCGUGGCAGCCACGGCGGCGCGCCUGCGAGAGAGCCAGCCGGUAGCACCGGGCUUCGGCGUGGCGGCUCCUUCAGGAGGAGCGAGCUCCAGUUCGGGAGCAGCGCGAGCGGCAGAGGCCGCCGCGGAUGUCGACAUGACCGCGGCUAGGUCGCGGCUGAAGCGCUCGGCAGAGGUGGCCCCGGAUGAUGUGCCGGAGGCCCUCGAGCGCGGUGAUCCACAGCCGGCAGACGUGCCGGUACCGGUGGACAUGGAGGAUCUCGCGGCGCAGCCGGCGCCGGCGGAAGGACCUCAGCUGCCAGCUGGAGUGGCAGUCGUGUGGAACGCCAGUGAGGGGAGGCACAUGCGGGUGCUCGCCCUCGAUGUGGCGUCGAUCGAGCUGGUUGAGCUCGGAGUGCUGACGAGAGCGAAGGCGGAGUUGCUCCCGCUCGUUCGCGAACAGGUCAGUGGCCAUUGGGCCAGCGCCGGCGUCGACAUCGCCGACGAGGAGGUGGACAGCAUCGCCCUAUCGGCGUUGCAGCUGGGCGCCGUGGACGUGGCCGAGGUGUACUCGCCACAUCGGUUCUCGGCUCGGGCAGCGGAAUUUCAGCUGCGCCCGGGCUUCGCGGCGGACCUGGAGGAACUCAAGGGGGACGGGACGCCGUGGGACUUGCGGCGCCCCGAAGAUGUCAAGGAGCUCGAGAAGCAGCAGGAACGGAUGGAUCCCAUCCUGCUCACGGGGUCCCCUCCAUGCGAGAAGUUCAGCUUGCUGAGGGGCCUGAGCGCCAAGUUCAGGACCGAUGAGCAGGAGGCGGCUGAGAUGGAGGAGGCCAGACACCACCUGAAGGUGGCAGUCGACGCCUACUGGCGUCAGCUCAGGAAGCCAGGCAGGUACUUCUUGCAUGAGCAUCCCUGGAGCGCGCGAUCGUGGAAUGAGGACAUCGUCAAGGAGCUGGUCGCGCAUCCAGGAGUCUUCACGGUCAAAGGCCCCAUGUGUCGGUGGGGCAUGAAGCUCACGAACCCCCGCAAUGGCCAGGAGGAGUUCGUGCGCAAGGAGACCGGAUGGGUCACCAACCAUCCAGGCCUAGCCCGGAGGCUGCAGGGCACUUGCAGCAAUGUGGACGGCCGCGCGGAAUGGCAUCGCCACAUCACGCUCGUGGGCGGCAUCGCGCGGUUCGCGAAGGUCUAUCCACCGAAGUUGGUGGAGGCGGUGCUGGAGGAGCUCAAGGACACGCUGAAUGACGUGGGAGAGCUCAGCACCGCCCAGGUGCAGCAGUCGGGCCCAGUCCCUGUGGACGCGGCAGUGCCGCCCGGGGACUGGACGAGUUACUGGGACGACGUCAAUGGCGGCUACCUGGAGGCGGGCCUUGUGGCCCAGGCUCGCACGGUCGAGCGCGAGUGGGUCAAGAAGCAGGAGCUGAUCGAGAUCGAGUCGCUUCGCAAGAAGGGCAGGAAGCCGGGCAACUUCAAGAUCGGCUUCUUCGACAUCAGCAGGGCGCACUUCUACGGGAAGGCGCAGCGGAGGAUCUUCGUGGAGCUGGAGGAGGAGAGUCGCAAGGAGUACGGCGAGGACAAGUGCGGCCUACUCCUCAAGUCCUGGUACGGCACGCAGGACGCCAGCAAGAUCUGGCAGGGCGACUACACGGAGCUGCUGGAGGAAAACGGCUACAAGGCAGGCGUGUCGUGCCCAGCGGUCUUCUACAAGGAGGUGGACGAGACGAGGCUGCUGGGGCACGGCGACGACUUCGCGGUGCUGGCUCAGCAGCAGGACAUCGACAGCUUCGAGGCCACGCUGGGCAAGAAGUACGAGUUCAAGAAGACUGCGAACCUAGGCUUCGACGAGGGCGAUGACAAGCAGGCGGUCUUCCUGAAUCGGGUCAUCGAGGUCAGUGCGGGAGUUCCGCCUGGCGGUGGCCGGCCCUGCCGGCAUGCGAUGAUCGAGCCGGACAAGCGGCACGCGGAGAUCGUGAUCGACGAGUUGGGUCUCAGCAAGGCCAACGGCGUGGACACGCCGACGGAGAAGCGCAGCGCCGACAAGCAGAUGAUGGAUGCGAAGUCGGCGGCGUUGGGAGCAGCGGAAGCUUCGCGCUUCCGAUCCCUCACCAUGAGGGUGGCCUACCUGUCUCAGGACAGGCUGGACUUGGCUGAGGCAUCGAAGACGCUCGCCAGGUCCAUGCAGACGCCAACGGAGGCGAGCUGGCUCAUGCUCAAGAGGGUUGGCCGCUACCUCAAGCGGCAUCCUAGCACGGUGACGGUUUUCACGGAGCAGAAGACGUUCGACAAGAUCCGGGUGUACGUGGACUCCGAUCAUGCAGGCUGUGCAGUCACGCGGAAGAGCACCGGAGGUUUCGUGGCGAUGCUGGGGCAUCAUGUAGUCAAGCACGGCAGUAACCUGCAGUCGACGGUUUCAUUGAGCAGCGGGGAGAGCGAGUACUACGCCCUGGUGAAGGGCGGGAGCGUGGGCCUAGGCCUUCACAGCCUCUUCGCGGAUUGGGGGCUGGACCUGAAGGUGGAGCUUGCCUCGGAUUCAUCGGCGGCCCGGGGCCACGUCCAACGGCGAGGUCUCGGGAAGAUGCGGCAUGUUCAAUCACGAUACUUGUGGAUCCAGGAGCGCGUUGGCAAGGGCGAUCUCUCGAUCGCUGCAGUUCCUGGCAAGAACAAUGUCGCGGACGUGCUGACCAAGAGCGUGGGUGGCUCCCUGUUGAGGAGACACAUGGCCACGCUGAACAUCUGGGAUCGGGCACCGAGUUCGAAUCAGAAGGACAUCAAGUGA